AUGAAAUUCUCCCUUGCUGCCAUCGCUGGCUUUGCCAGCGCCGUUGCUGCUGCUAAACUUCCUGCUGCCUUCACCCUCGUCGCUGACGGCGGCAAUACCGUCCUCACUGACGGCGAGCACCUCUGGAUCGGAACCAACACCACCACUCACGAGAUCGCCAUUCUUCGCAGCGGUGCGAACGGUGCCGUCUCUUUCACCUCUCAAAAUGGUGUCCCAACUGCUUUCCAGAGCCUCUACAUAGUGGAAAACUCUGUCUCAGAAAUCGGCCUUACUCGUCCUCAUUCUGGUGCCACCCCCAAGGAUGUCACCACUAUCGGCUUUGACCAAACUGCCAAGGGCUACUUCGCACGUAAGGGCGACGCUUGGUUCGCUAUUGAUGGCUACGGAGAGAACAAGGCCAAAGAGAUCUUCUGGUACGGUGCUCACAACGCAGAGUACGCGGGCGCCAACCUUUGGGUAAAGAAGUUCAAGGAAUAA